GUCGGGGCUGGGCUUGGCCGUAAAUAAAUCAAUCAUUGCUUCUUUCCAAGAGGAGGACCAGAUCCUAUAUAAAAGUUCUCCCACACCACGUUCCCUCAGUCCCGUUGACUCCUUUCCACUGGUUCGUGCCGUGGGACACGGACUCCCAUCACACAGACCAUGGGCUCCCACCAGCAGAAGGGCGACGGCCAAGGGAUGUCCCAGCAGUCCGGAGGGUGCCACGGCGGCGGCGGCGGCGGCUGCGGCUGCUGCUGCCAUCACGGAGGAGGUGGAGGAGGAGGAGGAUGCUGCCACAGCAGCGGUGGAGGAGGAUACCAGACCCAGGGAUCGUCCUGCCACGGAGGAGGAGGAGGAGGAGGAGGCUGCUGCGGUGGCGGCGGUGGCAGCGGUGGCGGUGGUGGGAUCAUUUAUCAGACUCACAUGCCGUUAACCUCCUGUGGAGGUGGAGGAGGAGGAGGUGGAGGAGGAGGAGGAGGCGGCCAGCAGAGCCAAGGAUCCAUCUGCAUUAUUGGAGGAGGAGGAGGAGGAGGUGGAGGGGGCUCCGGGCAACAAAGCCAAGGUCCCAUCAUUAUUGGAGGGGGUGGAGGUGGCGGAGGAGGGGGUUCUGACCACCAGAGCCAUGUACCCAUCUGCAUCGGAGGAGGAGGAGGAGGAGGAGGUGGUGGUCAGCAAAGCCAAGGUCCCAUCUGCAUAGAUGGAGGAGGUGGUGGUGGUGGUGGUGGUGGAGGCUCAGGCCAGCAGGGCAAAGGUAUCAUCAUUAUUGAAGGUGGCGGUGGUGGUGGUGGAGGUGGCGGUGGUCACCAGGGCCAAGGUCCCAUCUGCAUUGGAGGGGGAGGAGGAGGAGGUGGUGGUGGUGGGCAACAAAGCCAAGGUCCCAUUGUUAUUAGUGGAGGAGGUGGUGGUGGUGGAGGCUCAGGGCAGCAAAGCCAAGGGCCCAUCUGCAUCGGUGGGGGUGGCAAGGGAGGAGGAGGAGGAGGAGGUGGAUGUGGUGGUGGCUCAGGGCAGCAGGGCCAAGGUCCCAUCAUCAUUAGUGGUGGUGGUGGUGGUGGUGGUGGCAAGGGAGGAGGAGGUGGAGGUGGUGGUGGAUGUGGUGGUGGCUCAGGGCAACAGGGCCAAGGUCCCAUCAUCAUUAGUGGUGGUGGUGGUGGUGGUGGAAAGGGAGGAGGAGGUGGAGGUGGUGGUGGAUGCGGUGGUGGCUCAGGGCAGCAGGGCCAAGGUCCCAUCUGCAUUGGAGGAGGAGGAGGAGGUGGUGGUGGUCAGCAAAGCCAAGGUCCCAUCGUUAUUAGUGGUGGCGGUGGUGGUGGUGGAGGUGGCGGCUCAAGCCACCAAGGCCAAGGUCCCAUCUGCAUUGGUGGGGGUGGCAUGGGAGGAGGAGGAGGAGGAGGAGGUUCAGGGCACCAGGGUCAAGGUCCCAUCAUCAUUAGUGGUGGUGGAGGAGGAGGAGGAGGAGGUUCAGGGCACCAGGGUCAAGGUCCCAUCUGCAUUGGAGGUGGCAUGGGAGGAGGAGGAGGAGGAGGAGGAGGAGGAGGAGGAGGUGGUGGCUCAGGCCACCAGGGCCAAGGUCCCAUCAUCAUCAGUGGUGGUGGAGGAGGAGGAGGAGGAGGCUCAGGGCAGCAAAGCCAUGGCCCCGUGUGCAUUGGGGGAGGCAGUGGAGGAGGAGGAGGAGGCUCAGGCCACCAGGGCCAGGGUCCUGUCGUCAUCAUCGGGGGCGGUGGUGGAGGUGGAGGUGGCUCCUCCAGCUCUGGAGGAAUGUCCAUGCAGCAGCAGACCCAGCCCAUCUGCUGGCCACCGCAGACCAAGCGCAAGUAGUGGCUGCCAGAAGGACUCUGCCACCAAGGAAGCCCAAGAUAUGAAGAUGCCUGACAUUUCCUCACCUAUUAAAUUUAAGAUUAUUUGCCUUGUUCUCUUCUCCCUUCCCCUGGGAAUGUUCUGACCGGAACCUCUGGUGUUGCGUAUCCAUAACUCCAGCCAGGGCUGUUCCGUGUGCCUGUUCCUGCCCCAGUGUUCAAGUGCUUGCACCAGACAAUAAAAGUUGCAGUUCUAGAAAGUUC